AUGCUACAGUUUCACGCCGUCUUCCCACAGACGGAGACGGCCUUUGGUGCUAGUUUAAUGACUGGUAUGCUCCUCCUCGGUGCUUUCAAUGGUUGUAUCUUUAUGCCAUAUGUGGCUGAUAAGAUUUCCCGAAAAUGGGCACUGACCCUUGUCGUCGUCAUCUUCAACAUCGGUGCUAUUCUACAGACAGCGGCUGUCAAUUACACAAUGUUAGUUGUUGGUAGAACCAUCGGUGGCAUCGGCGUGGGAACUCUCGUCAUGACAAUGGGCAAGACUCUUGAGCAGAUGGACGAGAUCUUUGGUGAUACCAGCGGACAGGAGGAGCAGGAUAUCAUGAGACGGGCGGUUCGGGCUGCUGAGAUGACCCAUCGCCAGCAGGUCUAG